GGCAACACUGCAUGUCCAUGCGUUUCGACCGGCGAAGGUACGUCGUUCAUUUCGUGUUUCGUCGUCCUCGCAUUCCGCGUGUUGGUUUUUUCAAUCCGUGAUCAUCCGAAAAGAGGCACAAAAAUGAAACUUAACAAAAUGGUGACAUCCUCUAGGAGGAAAAAUAGGAAGAGGCAUUUCACCGCUCCUUCCCAUAUCAGGCGGCGUCUCAUGUCCGCCCCUUUGUCCAAGGAACUUAGACAAAAGUACAACGUUCGCCGAAUGCCUGUGAGGAAAGAUGAUGAAGUACAGGUUGUUCGAGGUCAUUACAAAGGACAGCAAGUUGGUAAAGUCAUUCAAGUGUACAGAAAGAAAUUCAUAAUUUACAUUGAAAGAAUCCAGAGGGAAAAGGUCAACGGGGCUAGUGUUUAUGUGGGAAUUCACCCCUCUAAGACUGUCAUAGUCAAACUUAAGGUCGAUAAAGACAGGAAGGAGAUCCUCGACAGAAGAUCCAGAGGUAGAGCUCUUGCCAAAGGCAAAGACAAAGGAAAGUACACUGAAGAAACAUCCACCACUGCUAUGGAUACAUCAUAAUUUUUUAUUUCAAAAUAUAAUUUUUAUUAACAGAUAA